GAAGAAGGAGAGGAGGCGGAGUUUGAGGUAACGCUGAGCGCGUCGAGCAGUGAGACGGUGAGGGUGGGCUACGCGACGUCGGGUGGGACGGCGGCGGAGGGGUCGGACUACACGCGGUCGAGCGGGACGCUGACGUUUACGGCGGGAACGACGGCGAGGACGGUGACGGUCCGGACGACGGAUGAUACCGAGCAGGAAUCCACCGAGAGGUUCACGGUUGUGUUGAGCGGGCCGGAG